UCUCCGCUCGUGCCUAAAAAAUCCCAGAAAAAUUUAACUCAUCUCUUCCUUCGCGAGGACUCGUUUCGGGCUGGAGAGUGUGCCGCCAACAUGCAGAACGUCAUUAAUUCUGUGAAAGGCACAGCGCUAGGGGUGGCAGAAUUCCUUACGCCAGUCCUAAAGGAAUCCAAAUUCAAAGAGACUGGAGUGAUAACUCCAGAGGAGUUUGUUGCCGCAGGCGAUCAUCUAGUUCACCAUUGCCCGACAUGGAAGUGGUCAACUGGAGAGGAGUCCAAGGUGAAGCCUUAUUUGCCCAAAGAUAAGCAGUUCCUUUUAACUCGGAAUGUUCCGUGCUACAAGCGAUGUAAACAAAUGGAGUAUUCAGACGAACUGGAAGCAAUUAUAGAGGAAGAUGAUGGAGAUGGAGGAUGGGUGGACACUUACCAUAACUCAGGUGUUACAGGUGUGACCGAGGCUGUCCGGGAAAUCUCAUUGGAUAAUAAAGACAAUAUGAAUAUGAAUGUGCAGACGGGAGCAGACGAUGAUGACGACGAUGAUGAAGGAGAAGCCGCCGACAUGGAAGAGUAUGAGGAGAGCGGGCUUUUGGAAUCAGAUGAGGCCACCCUUGACACGAGUAAGACGGUAGAUUCAACUAAAUGUAAAGCAGAGGUGGGCAACGAGGACGCCAUCCUACAGACCAGAACCUACGACCUCUGCAUCACAUACGACAAAUAUUACCAAACACCCAGGCUGUGGCUCUUCGGAUACGAUGAGGACCGGCAGCCGCUGACAGUGGAGCAGAUGUAUGAGGAUAUCAGCCAAGACCACGUGAAGAAAACUGUCACCAUCGAGAACCACCCGCACCUGCCCCCCCCAGCCAUGUGCUCCGUCCACCCCUGCAGACAUGCUGAGGUGAUGAAAAAGAUUAUUGAGACGGUGGCUGAGGGUGGGGGUGAGCUUGGAGUCCAUAUGUAUCUCCUGAUUUUCUUGAAAUUUGUGCAAGCUGUCAUUCCAACAAUAGAAUAUGACUACACGCGACACUUCACCAUGUAAAAAAAAAAAAAAAGAACUUCGUGACGCACAGCAUUAACUUCAAAUGGACGACUUCUUCCUCAUGAAUUCGGAGCUAUGUGAGACCACCUGCAGACAUCACAUCACAGAGACAAUAAGAAUGAUCUAUGGAAUCCUGUGGGGUUCUGUGUGAUUUGCUUUGCGGCGGAGGGAGGGGUUGUCCGCUGAACGACUUUAACGAUGAUUAGCUACACACCUGUAAAACUAAUUCUUCUGUCCCAAACUUACAACUGCUUAAAAGAGGUGAUAGUCUCGCGGUGCUUGCGUCUGGAUUAUCUGUAUUCUCUAUUUGGCACAUAUGUGACUCGGCUCUUAAUAACAUUUCUAAUGAUAACAAACCUGUAAAACAAUGUCUUUUGUUUUAUAUAUAUACGGCUGGAUUUCAGAGCUCCACUCGUGUUGACGACCGCGUGUCAUUGUAUAACCUGUUUUAAUGUUAAAUAAACGGUCUGUAAGCAGA